AUGGGCCGGGGAUUUUUCGCUCUGGCCACCACCCGGGCGGUUUUCUCCGUGUUUCGUCCGAAGCUGGCGUCACUCGUAAGACUCCAACUCCGCCACGGAUUUGCGGUGGAACUUGACCACGGUUGCUGCCUCGUGCGUCCAUGUGGCUCGGCCAAUAGGCUCUGUCCGGAGGCGGGAUUCCGAGUCGAUCGUCAGAACGACGCUGAACUGCUCGUUUGGUACGGAUGGUUGGUCCGGCAAUCGUGGCGCGCGCAGGUUACUGUCCGACAGCCAACCAUUCUGCUGGAGACUAUCGAACUGUACGGCCCGAGGGCAAAUGCGCCUCCGACGACCAACACACGGACUCCAUCAGCAUCGGUGAGGAGAAUUAAGAAUAGUAAAAACGAUCCGCUUCAAUAUCCAAUCAAACCGUUGAGGAGCCCCAUCGACCAGGUGGUAAAGGCGGCUUUGACUUUCCAUGUCUCCGUCAUCACUGUGACCUCCUGGGACACGCCAACCAACCCAAAGGCUCCAUCCAUGGAUGGAGAAUGGGGAGGGGGGAAGGAGAGGACAGGCUUACUACGUACCAAUCCAAGCCCGGCCAAGGCCAAAUGCCAGUCCUGCCCAGAACAACCUGAUCCAUCCGGUACCCAGGAAGACACUGCCACUGUCGAUCUCGGGAUACUCUCAACUAGCCAGAGGUCUGAUCCUCUACUAAGAACAACCAACUCAACAGUCAACAGCCUGUGGGCGGAGGCCCCCAAGCGAUGGACAAUGGGGGAGGGAAAGAAAACGGCGAGCCCAACACGGGAGCUUGUUAUCGGAAGGCUGUGGUGCAGCAAAGAGACACACGCGAUGACGGGCCGUUGUAGUGCUGAAACAUUCGCAUCGAGAGACAAUAAUAAUUUUAGCAGAUGGACCGUCGGAACUGGUCCCAGCAUCGUCAUCGUCAUCCCGCUCGUGUUGCCCCUCCGAAUUGACCCAAUGUGA